UCCCAUCAUUGAGGACCCAAUGUCGAGUAUGUGAUCUCGACUCGUGUGCGUUGCGGUCGCUCCAUGCAGGGUUAUCCCUUCAACCCCUGCUUGACCGAGGCCCAGUACAAGGAGAUGGAGUCCAAGGUUAGCAGCACUCUGUCUGGCCUCGAGGGUGAGCUCAAGGGCAAGUUCUAUCCAUUGACCGGCAUGGAGAAGACCGUUCAGCAGCAGCUGAUCGAUGAUCACUUCCUGUUCAAGGAGGGCGAUCGUUUCCUGCAGGCGGCCAACGCUUGCCGCUACUGGCCAUCCGGACGUGGCAUCUACCACAACGACAACAAGUGCAGACCUUCUGCACCAAUCUGGGCACCACCCAUCAAGGUGCCCAAGCUCGCCUCCAACAAGGCCAAGCUCGAGGAAGUCGCUGCCAAAUACAAUCUGCAAGUGCGCGGUACUCGUGGUGAGCACACCGAAGCCGAGGGCGGUGUCUAUGACAUCUCCAACAAGCGUCGCAUGGGUCUCACCGAAUACCAGGCCGUCAAGGAGAUGUACGAUGGCAUCACCGAGCUCAUCAAGCUCGAGAAGAGCUUGUAAAUUGCUCUCCUCAACUUAGACAACAACUUCGUUUCCGGGUAACAACAACAACCAGUCGGAACAUUAACAACAACAUCUACACGUUGGAUUUAUCUUCAACUCGAUUCGCCAUAUCUCUCGAUCCUUUUGGGCGUCUCGGGUUGUGUUUGCUUUAGUUUUGUAGUCGGAUUUGUAGCUGCCUCGCUGUUUGUAUUCCAGUUUCGGGUCACAUCCAAUUUGGCACUCGGCAUUUGUCGUCUUCUUUGAGAGUCGCGGUUAAAGCCCGGCUGGAAGACCAGUCUACAGCUGCUACAACAAUAUUAACAACAACAACAACAACACCUAACUGCACACUACCAACCACAA